AUGAAAGAACCAGAGCAUAACGAUAAGUCAGCUGUUGCUACACACAAGGGAGGCACAGGUCAGAGAAUAUUGAGGAAUGGCUCUAGUGGUGUAGAAGUGACUGACAAUUUGAGGCAUGGGUAUAUAUCUUGUUCAGAACCAGAUGUCAGGAUUUCAAAAGCCGAUUCAGUAUUGGAUGAAAGGCACGUCAAAGCUCUUGAGACAACACCUUUUCACAACUUCCUCAAGAUACCCGCAUCAUUGAGUAAUGAGCAAAUAGCAAUAGAUUGCUUGAUUCAAAACUUCAAUUCUGAUAAAUGCUCAUUUCUAAUUGGAAAUAAAGAAUGUGCGUUUGGUAUAGAUUAUAUUCAUCGAAUUACUGGUUUACCAAAGGAGAGAAUGCCGAUAAAAAUGAAUGGGACAGCGGCUAAUACAAUCUACACCCAAAUUGUAAAGACUUAUAAGACUCUCAAAGAGAAGAUGAGUAGUAGUAAAGGCAAAAAGAAAGUCGAUGAGGAAAAGAAGACGGUGAUUUGGGGGAAGCGCGAUAGAAUGGCGGAGAUGAUUGUAGAUAUGACUACUAAAGACCCUAUAAUUUGUGUGAAACUUAUUGUGGCUUUCAUUAUCGGCUUCAUAUUAUGCCCGCGGACAUGUAAGACAUGUCCCUUAUGGGCGUUUAGAUAUGCGGAUCAAUUAUCUACUUUGAAGAAAUAUAAUUGGUGUCAUGCGGUGUUUACUUUUCUUAGCAAAGAGAUGAUUAAGGCAAAGAAAUCUCUUAGUAUGAGGGGUUUAGGUCAGCGCUUAAAUGCUGGGUACAUGGGUGGUUUUUCCUCCGUAUUAUUGGUUUGGUUUUAUGAAAAAGUGGGGGAAUUAGAGUAUACUUCAGAUAUUGAGAGGUUACCGCCUCUCUUUUGUGAUAAUAGAAAUGUAAAUGAAGAAAAUAAAAGCAAUAGGGAUAAGGAAGCAAAUGAAUAUGAGAAUGUGAAAGAAAAUGAGGAAGCCGAUUUUGAUGAUGACUUUGUGACGAGCCCAAGAGACAAGAAAAUUGUAGAAGCUGUUCGAGAUGUUUCUCAAAAAGAGGAAUGUGGUAUUGAUCAAAAGAAAGAAACCUCAUCCAUCAAAUGGGCUGUCAGAAAGAGGAAGAGGAAGGAUGGACCUUCUGUUACUUCACCCUAUUUGCGUCUAGAUCAACCCAAAGAAGGCACAAAGAAGAAGCAUGUCAUCCAGACAUUGUAUAGUCCUGAGGGAGCUACUAAAAAAAAGUGCAAAAAUGAAGAAAGCUGUAUGCCUACAUCUUGCAACUAUCCAGAGGCUCGAUACAAGUUCUUAUCUGCACUUGAGGGAGAUAAACAACAAUUACAGCGGUUUUACAAUGCAUGCCGGGGCCUUUCUCAGCAAAACAGUUACGUUCCUGUAGCACCACCGGACGCAAGACCAACUCCCAACCCAUCACAUAUACACUCAAAUGUGUCAGCAGCACCAGCACCUUCACAUUCUCCUGUUCCUGAAGAUGUACAACUAGCCAUGGCUAUUAAUGCCUCCAUUCAAUCAGCCUUAGCUGAGGGAGUCCCUAUUCCUAAUCCCCAACCUGUUAACCUAUCAACUAACACCAAUGGCUGGGCUCCCUCAGAAAAUACCACCACCACCACCUACAAUGGUUGGGGCCAAUCAAGUGGAGCUCCUCCGCCAUCAAAAGUAGCAACUACUUCAGAUCCAUUCAACGGGUGGUCUGGAGUGAGGCCAAGCAGUAGUUCACCCCACCUUCACAAUAGCCAGCUUGAGACUCCAUCAGUUCUUCCUUCAGCUCAUGAGGCACCUCCUACUGUGACAGUUCCUUCAGCACCUCCUACUGUGACAGUUCCUUCAGCACCUCCGUUGGCUGAGGAAACAUUCUAUCCGGGACCCGUCCAAUACCCAACAAUAGAUUCCAGCCAGGUGGACUUAAGUGUGCCAGCUGCUGGGAGCAAGGCAGAACCUUUUGAUCCAAAGGAGGACAGCAGCGGCGGCGAGUCAUCCUCUUGUGUGAUAUGUUUGGAUGCUCCGGUGGAGGGAGCUUGCAUUCCUUGUGGUCAUAUGGCUGGAUGCAUGUCAUGCUUGAAUGAGAUCAAAGGGAAGAAAUGGGGUUGCCCUGUGUGCUGUGCCAACAUAGAUCAAGUUAUAAGGCUGUAUGCUGUUUGAGAGUGGAAACUCAAGUUCUUCACUGAGUAAUGUCUAUAUGAAAUUAUCACAUAUUUGGUGCUUUCCCGCACGCUAUGUUCAUAGAAGUUUCCAAGGGAUGACAUAGUGAUGUAUGUAUAUAGAGUGGACGUAAAAAUUUGUGAGGAUUCAGCAGGGCUUAUUGAAGGUUUCAGCAGCUGAGAUUUGGGAGGGCUGAUCUCAUGAAACCCUGGUGGUUUACCUCGGCCAUGGUUUUUUUUUUUUUUUUUGCCAAAGCUAUGUCGUUUCACAUGUUGGCUUGUUAUGUGCAAGUACAUGACAGUUUAGCUCGAGGUUCUUGGUGCCAAUUCUUUUUGUAUCAUGUUGUUAAAUGUUAUGACUUUUUGAGUAUUUGGAUGGAGUGGAAAUGUUGCAUAGUAUAGAUACUGAAAGGAGAAGUGGAGCUCUUUCAUAUUAUGUUCUGUCUAUGUAGCUCUUUCAGUUGAAGAUAUCUCUAGUUGUCUGAUCGUUUUUGUUCGCGAACCUUAUUCAGAGUCGAAUCUAUUCGGAGUCAAAUCUGUUUGCA